AUGUAGUUCUGGUGAAAACGAUAAAUCAAUGGUCCGGGUCCUUCUGCAAGUCUCUCUGGUGCUCUCCAGUGAAGCAUUCAGCAGUGACUCCACGCUUUGAAUAGUUUCCACUCGAGAAAAACAGUCAUUCUGCCGAAAAAACAGGAAACACAUGGCCCACAGCAGUGUCUCUGAUUUGAGUACACCUGUUCUUAUAAUGAGCCCGGCAGCAGAUAUUAGCUUCACUCCGGCAGCAGCUCCGUGAAGCGAGGCAUGGGCUGCAGCGUGUGUCUCUGGCUGGUCGUCUCCUUCUGCCGUGUCUGGGGUACGUACGCCUUGCUACCCGCAAAAUUCGUGGUUCGGCUGGCGUGGGGAUCGUCAGGCAUGGGCCGCGGGACAAGGGAGACUGUGCUGGGCACGCUGGGGAAGGCGACGGUUCUGUGGAUCCCCCAGGAAUUCCAGACCCUCACCCAGAGCUUCGGGGUGGCCACGUGGAAGCGGGACACAGAGGACCCGCAUAGCAAGGACGUCCUGCUCAAGUACUUGGGUGGAAACUACACCAACUACAACCCGAGCCAGAACCGCUUCCACUCCUCCAACUUCUCGCUGGAGAUCCUCAGCACCAAGCGGCAGGACCAGAGGCUCUACGAGUACAUCAUCAGCAAGGACGCGGAGGAGAAGGUCUGGCAGAUACAGCUGGAAGUGUAUGAGCCGGUGUCCGACCCCGACAUCCAGGUCCUCAGCUGGGCUCUGGCCAACGACAGCUGCACCGUCACCCUCAACUGCACGGCGGCCAGGGGGGACAACGUGUCCUACAGCUGGACCGGCCUGGAGGCCAGCACCUCAUCGCCCUGCGCCCACAACGGCAGCCUCCUGCACCUCUCCUACCACCUCAACGCCACCGGCCUGGCCUGCGCCUGCACCGCCAGCAACCCCGUCAGCAGCAGCGCCGUCACCUUCAACUCCUCCGCCUGCAGCUUCGAGCAGCGGGGCAGCGCCAGGCCGGGGCUGAACCUGGUGCUGGUGGUGGUGGUGGUGCCUGCGGUGGUCGUGCUGGUCCUCAUCGUGGUUUUCACUGCCAAGCACAUGGGCCGGCAGCGGGAGCACGCGCCGUUCGCCCAGGACAGCGAGGUGCACACCAUCUACUCCCAAGUGCAGCGGGUGGAGAAGCAGAAAAUCCCCUGCAGCCCCCCCCGCCCAGAGCACCCCUCCUGCACCACCAUCUACGCCGCAGCCACCGGCUUGCCCCCGGACACAGCCCAGGCCCCCGGCCGGAUCCGGCACAGCCCCCGGGCAGAGCCACCCACCCCGCGGGGCCGCUCGCCCCUCUCGCAGAGCCCCGAGGCGGAGCCCACGACGGUUUACGCCUGCGUGACCCUGCCCAUGAUCUGAGCCCCCCCUGCGCGGCGUCAGCCUGGCCCCGAGACCCCCGGCAUCCACGCCCUGUGACCAGCACCCGCAUCCCGGGCUGGGGGAGAUCCCGCUCAGCACCGCCGAGUAGGGCAGGCCCCUCCAGCACCCUAAAAAGCUGCUCCCGGCCCCCAAAAGCUGGCGUCGAGGAACGGUGGAGCCCAGCGCAGGACCGGAGAGGGGAAAGGAAUGGCUGCGGGCUGGGGCUGCGGGACAGCGGUGAGAUGCUGAGCACCGGGAGAGGAGCUGGAUGCGACCCCACCACCGGCAGCAGGACGUGGCCGGGGGAGGCUGCGGGACCCCACGGCCGCAGCCCACGGCCCUGGCUUCGCUAGAGGGAGCCCACGGCCCGCGACACCGGGGGAAAAAAAAAAAAGGACAAAUCACCAAAA